CCCAUAUUACGUAAGUGCGUGGUUAUCACGUGUUGACGGUAAAACCCCAGAAGCGGCAUCGCCGUGCUGCGCAACCUCAACCCCAACCCAAAUACUUUCUUCUGAUUAACAAAGCAGGACAGGAGAGAUGAUGAACCUCCUCAGGAGAUCCAUGGUCAGUCUAUCCAAAUCGAAACUCGCUUCGACCGGUCGGUUUUCCUCCGCUUCAAAACCUUGUGAAAUCCGAAAAUCGUUGAUGACCCUUGUACAAAGAGGAGCAUCAAGGCAGCAAGCCAUUACCGAUUCUGGUCUCACGGGUGGUGUGGUCUCAAAUGGAGCUAAGGGACUGUUGUUUCGCUUCCGGAAUCCGCAAGGUAUGGAAUCUUGUCCAGUGAACAUCAGGCCCUCUUACUUGUUGGCUAGAUCUUUUGCGUCCAGAACUUCCAAAGAAGCUGGGAAACAUCAGAAUAAGGCUAAGAAAGAGGUGGUGACUGUGGAGGAUCCUUUUGAUUCUCCGACCUACCAUAUCCCGGAAAAGCCUGUAACGUUUACAGAAGGUGCUUCCUACAGUUUUGUUAUUCUGGCCGGGCUUGCGGUCGCUGGGGCUUCUGGGUACGCUGUGUUUAAAGAGCUCAUAUUUCAACCAAAAGAGUACAAGGUCUUUGACAAAGCGUUGAAGAGAAUUCAAGAUGACGGUCAGGUGAGGGUAAGGAUUGGAUCCCCCAUCACAGGCUACGGACAAGAAACCAGAAACCGAGCUGCUCGCCAACGUAUACCCAACAGAAUAUUUACAGAUGAAGACGGAGUCGAGCAUGUGGAGGUAAACUUCUACAUCCGUGGGCCUCAUGGUCACGGGAAAGUGUACACGGAGAUGUUUAAAGACAAGGCAGAUAAGGAAUGGAAAUACACAUACCUGAUCGUUGAGAUUUUAGCUCCCUCCCCAGCCAAGCUGAUGCUGGAGUCCUAUCUGCCCGCCUAGAUAUCUAUUUUAUUGCGAUUCAGUUUAGUCCGGAAAAGACGCAUAAAAGGCUAGAUUGUUUUAUCAAUCAGUUAAGGGUGAUUUUGAUUUUGAGAACAAAGAGAGUGAUCGUGUUUUACACUUGUGCUCUAGGUUUAAUCAUCAACUCUGGGAUCGGACAUCUGUCGCACUAGCAUUGCUAGCUUGAAAACACAUAAAUUUCAUAUAUUUUUAUUAAUUAAUUUUCACGAGCA